CUCUAUUCUAACCUUUGUAGAAAAACACGAUUUUGUUCAGUUUCUGUUGGUUAAUUUUGCAUUUACCCGGAAAAAUGAGUAGUAAUUUUACACACUUGAUCGUGAUACGAUAUUACAAGCCAGGAGAUGAAUUCCAGUGUCGUGAAAUUGUGAAAGAAGGAGCUAUGUCAACAGUUAACAAUGCAUUUUUCUCCUUAAUUGAGGUUACCUUCCAAUUGAUGGUUUUAUCUACAGCAGUAAUGUUUAUAUUUUUUGGACUGCCAUUUACACUGUGCCUUUGUUCCAUUCCCGCAGUAAUAAUCUUUAUGUACUUUUGCGUCUGGGCAGGCCACACAUUUAAGGCGUUGGAGUUGACACAAGAUUUGAUCAACAUCCCGAGGGUCUACAUGUCUUCUGAUACAACUGGGUUCUGGGUUGCAGAGGCAUAUGAGCCAUUUUUUAUGAGCAAGGAACCAUCUCAAUUUAAAUAUCAUAUUCUAUCAGAGAAAGAAUUCAAACAAAGAGAAUUUGAGAAGAAUUCUUACCGUAGAUCUCUUGUUGGGACAGUAGGUAUUGUAAGAAGUGUUGCUUCGGAAGAUAAUGCCUGGUUACGAAGAAUGGCAGUGAAACCUAAAUAUCAACGUAUGGGUAUUGCCAAAGCACUUCUCAGUGAAGCGUUGCACUUUUGUAGUGAAAAGGGAUAUCAAGGUGUUGAGUUGGUCACAACGGAAUGGCACGACAAUGCAAGAAACAUGUAUGUAAAGAAAGGUUUCCAGUUGAAACAAAUGUAUCACAAACAAUUAAUUGGCAGCGUUGUAACAGUUCUAAUUUAUCAAUUGUUCUAUAAAAUUCAACAAAAAAAUAUUUCUGUUACUCCUUAGGUUAAAAUGACGUUGUUUGAGACAUUAUUAAGUAUUGAAAACAUAUGAAGAAAGUUAAGGUUAACAGUGGGCCUAAAUUAUACUACAUUUUGGCAAAGUAGGUAUUAACUUAAGAGUCUUCCUUAGUGGAAGCCAUGUUGGAUUUCUUCCCCAUAAGAACAAUGUUAACUUUGGGUCCAAAUAUCUCAUCAGCAAAUUGUCAUAUAAUUAUGGAUAAGGAGUUAAAUUUAAGGAAUUGCGGUCCUCUAGAGAUUGACGUUUUUUAUUUCACAAUUUUUAAUUUUUAUAAUGAAUAAUUGAUUAUUAAUUAGCUUAAAAUUAAGCUAAUUAUUGAAAGGAAAUGAAAAUGGAUUUUCGAAAUUCAAAAACCUCAGUCACGAGUCUAUUAUGUUAAAAAUACAAAUUAUAAAUUUCAAAGCUAUAUCUUAACAAAUAACGCCGUUACGUGUCCACAAAUGAUGUAUAUUUAACAUUGUUCUUAUGGGGAAGAAAUCCAACAUGGCUACCACUAAGGAAGACUCUUAAGUGACCAAGUUCAUUAACCAACAGACAUCUUGGUAAGUUAAGAUAAGUUACCUAACCUGAUAUUUUUCAUUCAUAGUACGUUUAUUGAAAUUAUUUGUACAACCUCGAUAAACUACAAAGAUGUUACACUCCUGUCAAAAUUAACACUAGCAGGACACUGUUUGAAUUUGAAAUUACCGUACUAAGUUAAGACUUAACUUAUGUGUUGACGUUUUUCUAACUUAGAUGUUUUUACAAAA